GUGAACAUGUGAAGGUACGAAAGAUGACAAAAAAGUCAGGAAACACGCUUUGGAGCGUCUAUCCGAUCACUCGUGACGACGCAUUGCUUUUUCAUUAUAAAGGACGAUCGUCUCACCUCUUGUUUUCACCUUACCCUUGUCUUCGUGCACACUUUUCUUCUUAUCCUUUUCUGUGAUGCACUCCUCUUAUUCCCCUCUUUUCACUUUAGGUCUUCUUGCGGAACGACGGGCGGGUAUCUCGUCUCCCAACCGUAAACAAAGCAUCCCAUCUAGCUCGUGUUCAGGCGCUCCCCACAAAGCACACCCUGCUGCUGCUGCUGAUGAUCAUGCCUCGGCCUUUUACUUUACUUUACAAACAGGACAAAGGGAUACCGUUGAAUUUCGGUCAUUCUUGUCCCUCGACCUCGCAGACUCUAAUCGGUCGAUUGCCAGCCAUAGGCGCAAGCCGUCCACCAUGUCAAAGUCCACCAGUUGGACUUGUACAUCCGAUAUAACAUCAGCUCGUGACUUGUCACGAAUCGAAAGACCCGCAUUUGCCCUUCUUCCACCAUUACCUUCAGCAUGUGCGCUUCGCCGAUCUUCUCGUGAAUCUUUGAGGCAGAUACCCUCUCCUAAACCUGCUCCGAUAUCCUCUACCUUACCUGAGCCCCCAACGGCCCCGAACUCCUCCCCUCCAUCCAAGUCGCUUCCGUCUGCGACCAACCCAUCAUUCUCAGCUCCCCUGCUAUCACCCACCGUCUCGUCAGGAAAAGUGUCAUCGCUACGCUCCUCAUCGAUCACUUCGCAUCAAAGGCGAAAAAGUCACAUGGAUGCUCUGGCAUGUCUCGAGGGCCGCUCUCGUGCUGCUAAUCGCAUCCCGAGGUCGAAUCUGAGAAACAACUUCAUGAGCAUGAGCGAUGAUGAGGAUGACGACCCCAAGACGCCCUCGUCACUGCCAAAUGCUCCCUUCAUUCAAAUCGAAGAUUUCGGUUCCUUCGCAGACAUCGAAGAUGAAGGAGAUGUGAUUGCCUCAUCUCCCGAAUAUCGUUCCCCCAAACAAGCCACUUUCCCCCGUACAGUCUCGCAGCCCGUGAAGCGACAGCGAAGAGGCACUGUCGACUCAUGGUUCCCUCUCAAAAGUUUCAUCGAUCUGAAAGAUGAUGACUUAUCGUGGAACUGGCGGAGCUUCAUCGAGAUCAGUAGCGUCUGAUAAGGCAGCUCUUCCGUAUGCUGGAUCUUACAUGUGCAUAUCUUAAAAAACUCUUAUUCUGAUAUCAUACCUUGCAGCCCAAGCACACAGGAUGUGUCCUUCUUCGUGCGUAUCUACAUACACCAUCACUUAUUAUCUAUGAAUACCUACAGCCUUUUAAUUUACUUCACUCAGACAUUUACUUCUUCCAUGUUCAUGAUUCAACAUUGUAGUCUACUCAUUACAUGCACUCAAGCCAUUAGCCAUACACACAUCUUCACUUUCUGACCCAUCGUUUGCCUCCUCCCUGCAUAUGUACUUCGUUCUGGCACUUUCAGUUACAUGGCUCCGACACAGUGUGUCGUAAUCCAUCUUGGUUUAGUCAUUCA